AUGAAGGGCCUGCUCCGGGCUGCCGGCCAGACGCUGGUUCCUCUAGGCUGUCUCAGUGUGUUCUCCGGAGUCAGCGCCUUCUUCCCGGUCUUUUCUUACAAGCUCUGGUUCACCGGAUGGAGCGUUCGGAUCGCUUGUCCCAUCUGGAAUGGAGCUUUGGCCAUCACGGCUGGUGCAUUUCUGCUGUUGACUCACAGGGAGUGGACCAAGAGAUACCUGUGGGAAGCCAGUCUCACCUUCGUGAUUCUCAGCAUUAUGGGAUGCCCACUCCAUUUUGCAAUCGCUUUGGAAUCAGCCCUCCUUGGCCCGUACUGCUUCUACUCGUUCGCAGGGAUCGCAGGCACCAAUUACCUUGGCUAUGCAGUGGCCUUUCCUUUUCCGUACGCGAAAUUCUCAUCCGUCUGCGUGGACCCCCGGCAUUAUGAAGAAUACCACCUGGCGCUUCAAGUCCUCGACCUGGGCCUGAGCGUCGCCAUGUUCUGUGCCUCCCUCACGGCACUUGUCAAGCUUUCUGCAAGACUUGUCCGGAACGGAGGCAUAAAUGGGCGCAAGAGCGAACAGUCCAUCUGAAGCCGUGGUCCUUCCUCCUGUGCCUUCCUGGUGGCCAGUCUCUUACAGUGUUUACCUGCGGAUUUUUGCUCCCUGAACUUUUUCUUGCUGUUUUGAUAACAUACCAAGCAUUACACAUUUUAGGCCUAUGGGGUUGUUACAUUUGUCUUUUCUGAUUUAUAGGCUAUCAUAUAGAAAUGGAAAUGAUAUCAUUUUUGC